UUCUUCUGAAAUUUCUACAAUUUAUCUUUCACUAUUGAAAGAUUAUGUUCAAGGUUAUAAAUCUUCAAAACAUACCUGGCUAUAUGAAGGAAAUAUUGAAUUUACUUUACCAAAUUUGAUAAAUAUUAAAAAGGCAGUGAAUCUUCUACCAAAUUGUAUUAAAAAAGAUCAAGAAGUUAUAAUAAGAGAUUCAGAAACAAACCAAUUGAUAGCUGUAAUAUUAAGAAAUCAUGUUGGUAAAGAAGUUCUAAAAUAUAUGUAUGAAAUAGCAAUAGAAACUUCUAAGAUUAGACGAAAAGUUUAUUGUGAUUAUCAGACAGUAGCACUUCAGCAAGGACCUUUAUUUGCAGCUAGCUAUCUUUGUGAAAAAUUAAGGAAUACAUCUGAAUACUUAGAAAAUGAAGCAAAAAUUGUAGCUAGUGUGGCCUUUUUAUAUAAUUAUGCUUUAAAGUAUUUUUCUGUCGAUGUAGUUAGUAAAAUUGAACAUUUUUUCAGUACUUAUGAUUUACCUCGUUUAAAUGGAAAUAUUUAUGGCUUAUGUGAAGCUUAUAUUGCAAUUAAUUAUACUAAGCAUGUAUAUAUAGAUAAAAUUUUUCUGAAAUAUGCUUGGGCUUGUAUUUGUGGUAGAGGUUUACUUCAAAAUAAUAAUAAUAUUAGUAGCAGUAUUAGCAGCAAUAACAAUACUAGCAAUGGUACUAGCAGCAGUUUUUCCUUUUUCUCUUCUAUUUUAACUGAUUCUUCAAUUUAUAUACCUGGCAAUUUUGAAGAACAUGAAGAACAUGGUACAAUAAUAAUCCCUUCAGGUACUUUUCAAGUUGGUAUAUCACAAAACAUCUCUAAAAAAACAGUAACAGUAGCAAAAAAAUGGAAAGAAGGCAGAGAAAUUAAAUUUCAUAAGCAAUAUCGUUUAAAUCAACUUAAACAGGAACCUGAAAUAUUACAAAAUUUUCUU